AUGGCGCAGCGUGUCCGCCCCCACGACCGUGACGACUUCGAGAUCGCUAUCAUCUGCGCCUUACCCAUCGAGCGUGACGCCGUCGAAGUAUUGCUGGAAGCAGAGUACGAGACCGACGGCUUUUCGUACGGUAAAGCGGCUCGUGAUCCUAAUGCCUACACAACCGGGCGAUUGGGCAACCAAGAUGUGGUCCUGGCAUACAUGCCGGGAAUGGGUACGAUCAGUGCCGCUGCAGUCGCCGCCAAUCUUCGCAUCAGCUUCAAGAGAAUCAAACUCGGCAUCGUGGUUGGCAUCUGUGGCGGGGUGCCAAAGACAUCGGAUGGGGAGGAGAUCGUGCUAGGCGAUGUUAUCAUCAGCACAUCGGUGAUCCAGGUCGACUUCGGUGCACAGUAUCCAAACACCUUUAUCCGCAAACAGGAGGUAGAAGAUACUCUUGGGCGAGCGAAUCCGGAGGUCCGGGCAUUUCUAGGCAAGAUAUCAGGCCAUCUCGUCCGAAAAAGACUCCAAGCCGAGACCAGCCUCUUCUCGGCGGAAAUCUGCGCAGAAGAGGGGUUUUCCAAGUCGGCCUACCCUGGGCCUUCCAAAGAUCUUCUGUACCCGGCCGAAUAUCGCCAUAAACAUUGGAUAUCAGCCUGUACCAUCUGUGCCAAGUGUCAGGAUCAGCACCAUGAUGUGUGCAACGAAGCACUGAAGAGCUUUUGUGAGAACCUAGGCUGCAAGGGUGUCCCGUCGACACAACGCAUUCGCAUUCAAAGGGCAAUGGGUGUUGCUCUGACACCAAGCGAGAUGGAAGAGGCACAAAAACCUUGCAUCCACUUUGGUCGAAUCGCGUGCAGUAACCACGUGAUUAAGAGUGGGCAGCACCGGGACCGGGUAGCUGCCGACGAGAAGGUGAUUGGGUUCGAGAUGGAGAGCGGAGGUACAUGGGAUUAUGUCCCUACGAUUGUCAUCAAGAGUGUAUGCGACUACGCCGACAGCCACAAAAACAAACAGUGGCAACGCUAUGCUGCAGCGACGGCCGCAGCUUGUACGAAGGCUGUACUCGGGCGGUGGAGAAAGGAGGACCGGCCGGUGCAGAGGGCGGCAGUCCAGGAACUUCCAGAUCCCUGUCUGAACUCUUACCCUGUGCACUGGAUCGUCGCUCGGUCUCCUAAUACCUUGUUUACCGGUCGCGAGGAUAUUCUUCGUGAGUUGGAAACCACAGUCCUCGGUGCUGUGGCGGACCCUUUGCGUCAGGAUCGCUGCUCGAUUGUUGUCUUCGGCAUGGGUGGUCAGGGCAAGAGUGAGAUAUGCUUACAGCUAGCGCACCGCGUUCGUAAGUCAUUCUGGGGCAUCUUCUGGAUCGACGUCAGCACUACAUCGUCAGCCGAGAACGGCUUCUUGUAUAUCGCGAGAAGACUUAAAUGGACGGUGCAGAUAUGGGAAGAUGCUCGGCUGUGUCUUGCCAAUCUGAAACAGCCAUGGUUGUUGGUGCUGGACAACGCUGACGAUCCCGAGGUUGACUACCAACCAUAUUUCCCAGCAGGACCAUCAGGCGUGGUGAUCUUGACUUCACGGAACGAAGAAUGCGAGCAGCAUGCCACUACAAAACAAGUCGAUCUAAGAGGAUUAUCCGACGACGAGGCUCGAGAGCUCCUGCUCAAAGCUGCACGUCUGCCUCAGGAUCAACACGAAACACUCCAAGACGACGCACAAGCCGUCGCAUCUCUUCUACGGUCACACGCUCUAGCACUGAUCCAAGCUGGAGCCUACGUAUCGGGAGGUCAUUGCACGCUCAAGGAGUAUCCGAAAGUAUAUGAGGACCAACGGCAACGACUACUUGGAUUCCGGCCAUCCCAGGCAAAGUCACGGUAUGGAGACGUUUAUGCAACAUUCGAGGCGUCGGCAGAAAUCCUCCAAUCAUCGAACAAUGCAUCGGCCAUCGAUGCCCUGCAGUUGUUAAAGGUGUUGGCCUCAUGCGGACCCAGUCGAUUUCCCCUGCUAUUAUUGUUCGAGGCGGCAUGGAAAGGGGCGCGAGAAAUAUCCCCUGUCGAAGUCCCUCCAGUUAACUUAUUGACCUUGACACCUUGGCAUGUUUCGCAUCUUCCACGACUCUAUCACGUACCUACGGGGCACGAUAGGUGGGACUCAUUUCAGGUCGUCGAAGCGAUCAAUCUUCUCAAGGCGUUCUCUCUCGUCUCUACUGAUACUCAUGACGGGUUUUUGUGUAUCUCAAUGCACCCAUUGGUUCACGCCUGGUCAAGAGACCGCCUCGGCCCGGAGACACAGCACGAAUCUUGGGUCACCACUGGGUGUUUAGUUGCUCUCUCAUGCUCCAACAACCUCUUGUGGCGGAAACAAGCACGGCACCUCCAACCUCAUUUACAGGCUUUAGUCUCGUCUGAGAUGAACACAAUCUUUGGCUCCGAACCUGUGAUAUUGAUAAUUCGGAUUUUGAUGAAGUGUGGGUGGCAAUUACGAGAGAUGCGCGCGGACGCAGCGCUCUUCGUACUGAUUGACCACAUGUUCACUCAUCUCAACUUGCAUCGGUCAACUGUCGCGCCACAAUGGCUGGGCAUGUAUGAACUUAGUGCGCAGAGCCUCUUAGACCGCGGUAAACCCAACGAUGCAGUGCAACUACUCGAGGAGGUAAUCAAGAUCCAGAAGCAGACACUCGCGGAGGAUCACCCAGAUCGACUAGCAUCACAGCAUAACCUAGCGAUGGCAUAUAAAGAGAAUGGUCAGAUCAAGGAGGCAGUGCCACUACUCGAGCAGGUGGUCGAGAUUCAGAAGCAGACACUCGCGGAGGAUCAUCCAGAUCGACUAUCAUUACAGUAUAGCCUAGCCAUGGUAUAUCAAGAGAAUGGACAGAUCAAGGAGGCAGUACCACUACUCGAGCAGGUGGUCGAGAUCCGAAAGCAGACACUCGCGGAGGAUCACCCAGAUCGACUAGCAUCACAGCAUUGCCUAGCGAUGGCAUAUAAAGAGAAUGGUCAGAUCAAGGAGGCAGUGUCACUACUCGAGCAGGUGGUCGAGAUCCAGAAGCAGACACUCGCGGAGGAUCAUCCAUAUCGACUAUCAUCACAGUAUCGCCUAGCGAUGGCAUUUCAAGCGAAUAGUCAGAUCAAGGAGGCAGUACCACUACUCGAGCAGGUGGUCGAGACCCGAAAGCAGACACUCGCGGAGGACCAUCCAAAUCGACUAUCAUCACAGUAUAGCCUAGCCAUGGCAUAUAAAGCGAAUGGUCAGAUCAAGGAGGCACAGGUGGUCGAGAUUCAGAAGCAGACACUCGCGGAGGACAAUCCAAAUCGACUAGCAUCACAGCAUUGCCUAGCGUUAGCAUAUCAAGCGAACGAACAGAUCAAGGAGGCAGUGCCACUACUCGAGCAGGUGGUCGAGAUCCAGAAGCAGACACUCGCGGAGGAUGAUCCACGUCGACUAGCAUCACAGCAUAACCUAGCGGGCGCAUAUCAAGAGAAUGGACAGAUCAAGGAGGCAGUGCCACUACUCGAGCAGGUGGUCGAGAUCCGAAAGCAGACACUCGCGGAGGACCAUCCAGAUCGACUAGCAUCACAGCAUAACCUAGCGGGCGCAUAUCAAGCGAAUGGACAGAUCAAGGAGGCAGUGCCACUACUCGAGCAGGUGGUCGAGAUCGAGAAGCAGACACUCGCGGAGGAUCACCCAGAUCGACUAGUAUCACAGCAUACCCUGGCUACGUCCUAUUGGAAAAUUGGCCGUCACGACACCGCGAUGCAGAUGAUGCAGCGGGUUGUUGAAAUCCGGCGACGGGUGCUCGACGACCAUCACCCACAUCGGAAGGAUUCUGAGAAAUGGCUUGAAAAUAUGGAAACUGAGAUGGCUCGUCUCGAUAGACAAUGGACUCCAAAGCGGAUCAAACGAGGCGGGUGA